AUGGCGGCAAUGCAAAUAACCGCUGCUCAAAGUUACGGAGCGGCUUUUAAUAACGAUGCUCUCGGCACGGACGUGCAUCGAGGGUUGAAUCCGACGAGCUCGGACGGUUUAGCCUCAGCGUUUGGUAACAUCGAUUUGGCUGGAGUUGCGAAUAGUUUAGCGCGACCAUCAACUGCUCCACUACCGCCGCAUAGUUCUAGAAAUGGAUUGAAUUCUUUGCAAGCGCAUCACUCGUCUCGGCUUGGUGAUCAAACGACGAAUUCUGCCGGAGUUGCGGCUGUCGCUUCUGGGAUGGGCGGCGGCAUGGCGGGAGAUCUUUCUGGGUUGCAAGCACAACAAGCACUAUUGCAGCAGCAAGCCGCGCAGCAAGCGCAAAUUAAUCAAUUCUCUAUGCAGCAGAUGCAAUAUAAUACAAAUGCUGGCGGGGCACACCAUCUCCAACAACAAGGGCUUGGCGGCGGUGCUGGUAAUUUACCUGGGUUUGAUACCUCGGCAGUGAAUCAAGUUGCAGCAAACGGAGGUACCGUGGCGGAAGUGUAUCAAGCUGCUUACGCGGCUGCCUUGUAUGCUCAGCAGCAACAACUCCAGCACUUGGUGCGCAUGCAAAGUGGGGCCGGUAUGGUUAAUCCGCAAAACAUGGCGUUCCCCGGUGGAAAUGUGAACGCAGCUGCGGCAGCAGCAGCUGCUGCUGCGGGAAUUAACGGCAUUGGCGGAGCGUACGGAGAUUUGACGAACAGCGCGAAUGCCGCUGCAGCUGGAAUGCUUGCCUCUCAACUCAACGGUAAUCCACACUUGGGUUUCACGAACAUUGUCAACGGAAUGAAUCCGCUCAUGCAUCAGCAACAAAACAUGGGUGGUAAUCUUGGACGAAACGGUCAAAGAAACGAUGGAGGUGGGAAUAGGAGAGGUUCCAGAGGUGGACGAAACAACGGAAGAAACUCGGCGUGGGGUAACGAUGGGGGUGGCGGUGGUCCGCGCGGCAAUCCAUUAACGAACAACGCAGAGCUCGCUACUCUGAACUCUGCCGUGCCUGGUGCAAACGGAUCACCGACGGCGGAAGAACUCGCGGAGAUGGAUUCGAGAUUUGGGUCCAUCGAAGAGUGCGUGGGUCAAAUUUCUAUCUUGGCCAGAGACCAAUAUGGUUGCCGCUUCCUCCAGCGUAAGUUUGACGAGGACGGUUCUGCCGCUAUCGACGCGUGCUUCGACGAAAUUAUCGAAGAAGCUGUUGACUUGAUGAUGGAUCCGUUCGGAAAUUAUCUGUUGCAGAAACUUUUAGAGUGUUGUUCGGAUAAACAAAGAGCUGAUGUCGUGCGCGCCGUUUCGGUAGUCAACGAGAACGCAAAUACAGGCUUACCUGAGUUGGUCUCCAUCGCUUUGAACGCACAUGGAACGAGAGCAGUACAGAAGCUCAUCGAAACUUUAAGCUCGGACGAGGAGAUUGAGCUCACCACGAAAGCUUUGCGUCCUGGCGUUGUCACCUUGAUCAAAGAUUUGAACGGAAACCACGUGGUCCAACGCUGCUUGCAGAGGUUGUCGGCUGAGGAUAAUCAGUUCAUCUAUGAGGCCGCGAAGAAGCAUUCGGUUGAAAUUGCUACUCACCGUCACGGCUGUUGCGUGUUGCAACGAUGUAUUGACCACGCGACUGAGGAGCAAAAACGACCGCUCGUUCAAGAAAUUGCCGACCAAGCGUUGACUUUAUCGCGCGAUCCUUUUGGGAAUUACGUGGUGCAAUACAUUUUGGACCUCGGAUUGUCUUGGGCAAACGCUGAAGUCAUGAUGCGAUUAGUUGGGAAUUAUGCCGAGUUAUCUAUGCAGAAGUUCUCUUCAAACGUCGUUGAAAAGUGCUUGAAACUUGCGGAUCAGCAAUUGGAGGAGCACAGAAACGUCGUCGUUCGCGAAAUCAUGUCGAGCCCUUUGUUGGAUCGACUUUUGAUGGAUCCGUACGGCAACUACGUCGUUCAAAGCACACUUAUGGUCACGAAAGGACCAUUACAUGCGGAUUUAGUGGAGAGAAUUCGACCCCACUUACCGCUCAUUAAGAAUUCGCCCUUCGGGAAGCGAAUUUUAAGACUUCUUCUCGAGAAGGCGCACAACAAGUAA